AUGUAAACAAAGGAUUAUAACCUUUAGUGUAUUCAUAAAAGCUAUUGUUAAAAGUUAAAAUGUGAUCGAAUUUCCAAGAAGGAUUUUAGGAUUAAAUAAAAUUUAAUCACCUGGCAACCAAGCCAGUGAUGAAUAUUAGUUCGGUUAGUAACUUUAGUUCAAUCGAGACUGUCCUGGCGAACGGAUCUGUCAAGACUACUGAAUUAAAAAUUAUCAAAGAUGCAGUUAAACUUUGGAAGAUCGAUUGAACUUUCUGUUCUGGGUUUUUUCAUUUUUAUAAAAUUACUUUCUAUUUAUCUUGUGAGAACUUUUUACGUCGCUGACGAAUAUUGGCAGUCUUUGGAAGUUGCUCAUCAUAAAGUAUUUGGAUAUGGUUAUCUCACGUGGGAAUGGGACUACAAUAUUCGCAGCUACAUAUAUCCAUUCAUCAUCUCCAACAUCUACAAAGUGCUUGCCAUCAUAAAAUUGGACUAUCCGUCAAUGAUAAUCUAUUCACCGAGAGUAUUUCAAGCUAUUUUGAGUGGAUAUGCUGAAUACCGAUUUUACUUAUGGCAUAAGAAUGAUGCUACAAUGUUAUAUCUAUUUAUGAAUCCAUUCUGGAUUUAUUGUGCUUCCAGGACACUUACCAAUACCAUGGAAACUUGUUUGACGAUGAUAACUUUAUCAGUAUUCCCGUGGGACAAUGAACGGAAAUAUGGAUCACAGUAUCUCUGGUUAGUUGGAUUCAUGUGUUUCAUCAGACCUACAGCAGCUAUUAUGUGGGCUCCUUUGUGCUUAUAUCAUAUCUACACCAGCAACAAGACCAUUUUACAGCUCAUAAGAGAUUAUGUACUCAUCGGAUUGUGUACUUUUACCAUUGCAACUGCAAUAGACAGCUACUACUAUGGCAAAUUUGUGAUAACUCCGUGGGAAUUUUUCAAAAUUAAUGUCUUGACCGAAGUCGCCAGUCACUACGGAGUGGAACCCAGUUAUUGGUAUUUAUUAAAUGCAUUGCCAGUCUUUUUACUCGUUAAAAUAUUUAUUUUACCUAUUUCAAUAUACCAAAUUAUUAAGACUCAAAAGAUAAAUUCAAAGCCCGUAAUAACUCUAGGAAUUGUCUUAUGGACAAUCACAAUAUAUUCAAUGUUACCGCAUAAAGAGCACCGUUUUAUUUUACCAUUGUUACCAUUGUUAAUCUACAUAUGCACAUGUUUCGAAUAUCCAAAGAGUGUUAGCAUAACAAUGAAGAAAGUUGUUAAUGUAAUUAUGUACCUCAUGAAUUUAAGUGUGCUAAUUUAUAUUGCUAUGAUUCAUCAAUAUGCAUCGUUACAAAUUAUGAGUUAUUUGGGAGAUGAAAUAAGUAACAGUACAGCAAAUGUCGACGUGAUGUUUUUAACUCCUUGUCAUUCAACGCCAUUCUACAGUCAUGUUCAUGAGAACAUUCCAAUGGAAUUUUUAACAUGUGAGCCAAAUUUGAAUAAUCAAGAAAAUUAUCAAGACCAAGCUGAUAUAUUCUUCAGUAACCCCAUGGAUUGGAUUGAAAAUCGUUAUUCAAACUCGUCGUUACCUAAAUUAUUGGUAAUGUAUGAUAAUCUGGUUCCUCAAAUUGGAAAAUUUUUGGAUGAUAAUUACCGUCUUGUCGUUGAAUUAUUUGAUACGUACCACCCUUCACCUAAUCGUGGUAAUUUCCUUUUUUUGUAUAAACUAAAGUGAAAAAUUACAGUUGAUUGUAUAAAAAUGACGAUACUUUUUAAAUUGUUAAUUUUUAAUUUUAUAUACAUACAAAUCAAUUUAAAAACAUUUUGUACAAACUCGAGUAAAAGAAUUUUAAAUGCUUGCAAAAAUAUACAUUUUUUUUUUUUUUUUUUUUUUUUUUAAGUUAUUAAUUUAUCAAUAUUUUGUAUCAACUCGUAACAUACACUAUAAAUUUUUUGUAAAAAAUAAAUAUCAUUUUUCAACUAUUUUACAAGUUCAUAAAUAUGUUUCUAAUAAACAUACGUAAAAAUUCUGUUAUUUAAAAAAAACUUUCAUUUUUUUGUAAAUAAAAGAUAUUUUUAUAAGACUAAAUAAAAUUUCCUAAUCAAAUAAUAUU